GGGUUGAUUUAGGUUGUCGUUGGUGUAACUUGUAGAAAGUUUGACUAACAUAGCAUUUUCUAAUUAACUAUAGGGAAGAAAGAUAGUUUAUGCUCCUUUUUAUAAUUUUAUAGUAUUUAACAUUCCAGUUUUAGUUGUCAGCUCAUCUAUAUUGUUAACUCACUAUCAUAGUUCUGAAUAAACAGAUAUUGAGAUAAAUAUCGUUUCAUUAAUACUUAAUUUUUCCAAGAUGUCACUCAGAAUAGUGAGACAAAGCAAGUUUCGUCAUGUAUUUGGCCAACCACUUAAGAGGGAGCAAUGCUAUGACAACAUUAGAAUAACUAAAAAUUCAUGGGACUCAAACUUUUGUGCAGUCAAUCCAAAGUUUCUUGCAAUUAUUACAGAAAUAGCUGGAGGUGGAGCUUUUCUUGUACUUCCACUCCAGAAGACUGGCCGUAUUGAUAUCAGUUACCCUCAAGUAGCAGGCCACAAAGGACCUGUAAUGGAUAUUGCUUGGUGUCCUCACAAUGAUAAUGUUAUUGCUAGUAGUUCAGAUGACACACUGGUUCGUGUAUGGCAAAUUCCAGAAGGUGGGCUUGUACGCCCUCUUGUGGAUCCAGUUGUGGAGUUGGCUGGACAUCAGAAGAAAGUUGGACUUGUUCAGUGGCAUCCAUCUGCUAAUAAUGUCUUGCUGAGUGCUGGUGCUGACUGUAAAAUAAUGAUCUGGAAUGUUGGAACAGGAGAACUUCUUUCUGAGGUUAUGCACCCUGAUAUAAUCUUUGAUUGCUGUUGGAGUUGGAAUGGCAGUAGAUUGGCAACAACAUGCAAGGACAAAAAGAUUAGAGUAUAUGAUCCUCGAUCAGGUGAAAUGCUACAGGAAGCCAUGGGUCAUGAGGGUGCCAAGCCACAGCGUGUUGUUUAUCUCAGGAGUGGUAUGAUCCUUACCACAGGGUUUUCCAGAAUGAGUGAACGACAGUACUCCCUGAGGAAUGAGGAUGAUCUUAACAGUCCUCUUUGUUUGGAAGAAAUGGAUGUAAGCAAUGGGGUGAUGGUGCCGUUUUAUGACCCAGAUGUCAAUCUACUCUUCCUUUGUGCUAAAGGAGACAGCAACAUUCGUUAUUUUGAAAUCACAGAGGACGCUCCCUUUGUUCACUACAUCAACACCUAUCAGUCCAAUACUCCACAACGAGGCAUGUGCAUGAUGCCAAAACGUGGCUGUGACAUAAGUCGGUGUGAGAUUGCUAAGUGUAUUCGACUGCACUCAAAUGGCUUCUGUGAAGUCCUGUCUUUUACUGUGCCAAGAAAGUCGGAGCAGUUCCAAGAUGACUUGUAUCCACUAACAACAGCUGAUGUACCAGCCAUUUCUGCUGAGGAGUGGGCCGAAGGAAAGGAUGCUGACCCGGUUCUUGUAUCACUAAAAGAAGGUUAUGUUCCUAGCCAAAAACAAGAAUUGAAAGUAACAAAAAAAGCAAAUGUUCUGGAUAAACUGUCCUCUAAGAAGGCAGAACAAAGUCCAGAACCAGCCCUUCCUAAGCCUGACAAAAAGAUUGAAGAAUUGAUGGAGGAAAUAAGAAAUCUAAAAUCUACUGUAAAUGAACAUGAGCAACGCAUCAAGGAGUUGGAAAAUAAGAUUGAGGCAACAUGUAAUGCUUUCUCAGAACACACCCAAGUUUUAAAUAACCAUGGUGAAGACGAUCAUUUAGCUGAUGAGGUGUAAAGCUGUUGAAUUUACAUUUUAAGAUUAUAACUGUAAUUGCACAGUAUUUCCUGUGUCACAGAACAUACAGUUGCAAGAAAGCGUUCUUAAUUUUGUUUUGUUUUAUGUGAACAGGGAAUGUGGCAAACAGUCAAGUUUGUACAUAACAUUGAAAAUCUAUAUUUGAACAACCCUGUCACAUAAUUUUAUAAUAGCAAUUUUUUUUAAAGACAAUUAUAAGCUGUAAGUAAUAUCAUAAAAGCUCUGCAUGCAAUCUGCCUGGUUCUGAGGAAAGAAAAUAAUGAGAUAGUGACAUUGACCAACUGCUCUGGGAAGCUGGUACCGUAAACAUCAAUAAGAACAUGUAUGCUAGCACACCAUCUGUAAUAUGCUGAUUAUAUAUAUACUGAUAUGUAAUUAAUUUGCAUGGAUACUUUACAUAUGAUUUGUAUUCAAAUAUACUUCUAUGAUGACAAUGUAAAAUAUGUUGUUGUUUUUCUCUGAAGUUCUGACACAGUCAACUCCACUACUCUGUGGGUAUUAAUUUCAUUAUUAUUAUUAAUACUACUAAUGUAAAGGCUUUUUUAUGCUCAGAAAGGUGCCAAGUUUUCAAAGUUGUUUGAUGGUUUUAAUUAGAAUUAUUAAGUAUAUAUAUAUAAAGAUUACUAAAUAUGCACCACACUAUAACUUUAUUAUGUUUUUAUUAUAAUUUUUUAAAACUGUGCUGGAUACAUUGCUCUGAGUUUCAAGAUUGGUUGUAAUUCUGUAACUUUAAUUGUAUUUUAGAGCAUACAUUUAGUUUUACUGCAUUUUCUCUUAAUUGAGACAUUGAUUUGUCAUAAAGCUUUCCUUUGUUGUUCAAAGCAGGUAAACACAUUCAGUAUUUCUGUGUGAAUCAGUUUAGGCAGAUUUAUAUAACCUAAAUGUCUACGAGUCCGUACUGGUUGAUCUUUUAUAUAACCUUUUUUCUGUGUGUGUGUGUGUGUGUUGAAAAAUACAUCUCCAACUUUUGUUGAUUCACAUUUCAUGUUAAAUCAGAUAAACCUGUUAUGCAGCCCUUUUAAUGAGUUCAACCAUUUCAAUUUAUCCAUACGCUUUUUCUGUGUCACUUGGCUAAGGUAAACUUCUAAGAAUUGUUCACUUUUGUUCAAUUACACAAACCUGAGGAACACUGUGAAGAACUGUAUAAAACAUUACUUUCAGCACAAACUUCUCAGUUUUACUAAUGUUCCAAUUAAUCUUCACAGGUUUACAAGGAAAAUCUAGAGAACGUAGAUAUCUUAAGUAAAACAGGUUUUAUCCAUAAUUUUUGGUAUAACUUAAAUAUACAUAUUACUAAAGAAUUAAUUAAUGUGUUUUAAUGUCACACAAAUUAUAAGUUUAUUGUUCUCCAGUGUGUUUUAAAAUAUUUUUUACUAUGAUCAUAAAUUUUUAUAGUGGCAUUUUGUUUACUUGGGUCUUGUUUUCUAUUUGUCAUCGUUUGUAGUUAAUAUGAAAUAUGGACUCGACAAAAGAAAUUGCAUCUUUUAGUCUUAAGAAGAUAAACUAUUCUUUUCUGUUUUAUAUUAAGAUGCAUUUGUUCCUCAACUGAAUUUGAUUUGUUUCCCAUGUCGCCUCCGCCAAGUAUGCUUUGGUGAACUAGAAAUCAUAAGUACGGUAGUUUUGAUAAGGUUUAUAUUCUGGCAAAAUAAUUGAAUUAAGUUUCAUGGAAAAUAUUUUUUGUAGUGCUUCCAGAGUUUCUUUGGAAUUUUUUUUUUGUUACACAUAGUUUUGGAAUUAAUAUAACAUUCCAAUUAGAAAAGAUAGUUUUCAGAGUAUAAGCAUUUUAGUAAUGUGCAAGUUUCAACAUUCCUGUAAAAUGUUAGUAGUAUCACAAGAACACAAUCCAUGCAGGUCAAUUUAAUCAGUGUCGAGGAUUAAACUCAAA